AUGAGUGGCAUUAGUGAUGCAGAGAAACAACAAUAUCUUCAAUUAUUUAGUCAACUUAAUCCUUCACCAAGUGGUCAUAUUACAGGUAUUCAAGCAAAAGAUUGGCUAAUUAAAUCAAAUCUACCAAAUAUUAUUAAAUCAACCAUUAACUUAAAAAGGGAUUUAUGUGAUAUUGAUAAAGAUGGGAGACUUGAUUUUGAUGAGUUUACUGUGACGUGUAGACUAGUUAAUGAUCUUCUAGCUCGUGUCUAUCCAGAAGUACCAAAAUUUCUGCCACCACAAUUAGUUCCUCCAAGUAAAGUUCGUCAUCUUUUAAGUGUUAAUAGUGGUGUUGGGAAUACAUUUGGUUCAAAUACUUCCUUAAUAAAUUCUGGAAUUUAUCCUACUCAAUCAAUAACUCAAAUUCCACAAUUAACAACAAGUUUUGGUUCUUUCCCUGCUGCACCAUUAUCAGACGACUUUGAUUGGUACAUGCCACCAGCCGACAAGUUUAACUAUGAGAAUGAAUAUUCAAAAAAAGUAGACCAAAAUGGAUAUGUUCGAUUUACAAGUUUUGAUGAUCUUUAUACAAGACUUGGCAUAUCAAGAGAAGAAGGUAUAGCAGCAUGGAAUCUUGCUGAUGUUAAUUUUGAACAAAAACUUGGAAAAGAUCAAAGUUUAGUAUUUCUUCAUAUAUUAAACCAAAGGAGUAAGGGAAAACGUAUUCCUGAUAAUAUGCCAUCUGCUUUGAAAACUUCUUUAUUGAAGGGUAAAUUAAAUUAUAAUUAUAAUGAGGUUCAAGACCCAUCUUGGCGAUCAAAAUCAUCCUCUAAUUCAAAAGUGGAGGAAGAAAAAUUGGAAAAAGAAUUGGCAGAAUUAGAUGAAAAGAUAAACAAAACACAAGAUGCAGCAUCAAAUUCAUAUACAAGAGCUUUAUCUGGGAAGAAUUUGUCAUCAGCUGUUGCGGAACUUAAAGAAUUAUUAAGUUACAAACAAGCAUACCUUCUAGAACUGGAAAAUGUAGAAUUGGCAGAAAAACUUAUUUCUCAAAUGCAAGAUGUCAAACAAUCACUUAAUAACCAAGUUUCAAUAUUAAAAAAUAACCUUGAAUUAGCUGUAACAGAAUAUAAUAGUCUUAAGCAAGAAGUCAAUAAUGCUAAAAUGGGUAAAUAA